AGGCUGGUUACUCCUCCCUACGUCACUGUGUACAGGUUUUUAAGAGGCAGCCGAAGCUCCUCGCAUCACAUCACUGUUUAUCUAGAACCCCCGUCUGCUGAGGCGCUGCCUUCUGAAUUUCACACCUGACGCGAGGCAGCUGUUUGGAUGUUUUCUUCGCGAGCGAAGCUGGUGGUCUAAACAGGGGGGAUGAGUCCACUGUGGAUUUUUUUCUCUGUCUAUCGUUGUUUACCUUCUUGAGUGAUUUCAGUCGGAGAUAUUGACUCCGUGUGUAUUUGUAAAAGAGAGAAGGCUCCACACGGACUCUCAAACAUUCCUAUUGGAAUAUCUGAAAAGUCACAUUGACUGCUGUUAUUGACUGCUCCUUGCCAAAAUCAUAGAAAGCUGCUAUUUCGUACUUCGAUCGAUAUCGUGCUCUUUUCGUUCCCCUGAGGUUCUGUGAAGCGCCUGGUUUCCUGUUUGUUUUUAAUCCGUCGCGCACGCGAUGCUGUUGUGCUCACCUCAGAAUUUUUCACACAAGACGAAACGCUAGACACUUUUUGCUGUCGUUUAAAGAAAGACGGUUGAGAAAACCAUUCACUCUUUGUCCUACCGGCUCCACAGAGGUGUCAGACAGAGGUGUACUUUCUCGUUUGUGUCCAAACGGUGCCUUCAGGCAGCAGAGCAGCCGCACAGCUCAAGUCUUACAGCGAGUGAACGACUCAACCUGCAAAAAUGACGGAUGGACCGAGACAAAGAGGCAGCGUGGCGACGGCAGGUAGCGGGGAUGGAGCUGCGGGGGCUGCGAAACCUGCCGGAGAGUCUGUGGCACUGAAGAAGGAGAUCGGUCUGGUCAGUGCCUGCGGGAUCAUAGUGGGUAACAUCAUUGGCUCAGGCAUUUUUGUCAGCCCUAAAGGUGUGCUGGAGAACGCCAGCUCUGUAGGCCUAGCACUCAUUGUCUGGAUCAUCACAGGUGUCAUCACAGCCAUCGGAGCGCUUUGCUACGCUGAACUGGGCGUCACCAUUCCCAAGUCUGGUGGCGACUAUUCUUAUGUCAAGGAUAUCUUCGGAGGACUCGCAGGGUUCCUAAGGUUGUGGAUUGCUGUGCUGGUGAUCUACCCCACUAACCAGGCAGUCAUUGCUCUGACCUUCUCUAAUUAUGUCCUGCAGCCCCUCUUCCCCACCUGCUUUCCCCCGGAGAAUGGCCUACGUCUGCUUGCAGGCCUCUGUCUAUUGUUGCUGACGUGGGUGAACUGUGCCAGCGUGCGUUGGGCCACCCGUGUGCAAGAUAUGUUCACAGGAGGGAAACUGCUGGCUCUCAUCCUCAUCAUCAUCAUGGGCAUUGUGCAGAUCUGCAAGGGUGAGUAUUACUGGUUGGAGCCAGCUAAUGCCUUUGAGCCUUUUCAGGACUAUGAUGUUGGUCUGAUAGCCCUAGCAUUUCUGCAAGGUUCUUUCGCUUAUGGAGGUUGGAACUUCCUUAACUAUGUAACAGAAGAGCUGGUGGAUCCAUAUGUAAAUCUGCCUCGUGCUAUCUUCAUCUCCAUACCCCUGGUGACGUUUGUCUAUGUUUUUGCUAAUAUUGCCUACGUCACUGCCAUGAGCCCUCAGGAGCUGCUGGCCUCCAAUGCUGUUGCUGUGACGUUUGGUGAGAAGCUGUUGGGAGUGAUGUCAUGGAUCAUGCCCAUCUCGGUGGCCCUGUCCACCUUUGGGGGAGUCAACGGCUCCCUAUUCACUUCUUCCCGGUUGUUCUUUGCUGGUGCCAGAGAAGGCCAUCUCCCCAGGCUGCUGGCUAUGAUCCAUGUGAGGCGCUGCACACCUAUUCCAGCCCUACUCUUCACUUGUAUCUCAACUCUUCUGAUGCUGUGCACUAGUGACAUGUACACACUUAUCAACUAUGUGGGUUUCAUCAACUACCUCUUCUACGGUGUCACUGUAGCUGGGCAGAUUGUGCUGCGCAUCAAACAGCCAGACAUGCACCGACCAAUUAAAAUCAGUCUGGUGUGGCCGGUGAUCUAUCUGCUUUUCUGGGCCUUCCUGCUGAUUUUCUCUCUCUACUCUGAGCCUGUGGUGUGUGGCAUUGGCCUGGCCAUCAUGCUCACUGGUGUGCCUGUCUACUUCUUGGGUGUCUACUGGGAUAACAAGCCUCAGUGCUUCAACACGUUUGUGGAUAAGAUCACGUGCCUGGGUCAGAAAUUCUGUGUGGUUGUGUACCCAGCAGAGGAGGAGAAAAACGAGGACUGCUGUGGAGAGGAGAUGGAAAUGAAGACGGAGACAGCUCCCCUCUCAGGAGCAGAUGAGGGGGAGACGUCAAAAUCCGCUGAUUACUGAACACAAACACAAAAUGUGCAUACACAUAAACAUGAUGCAGGGUGCCAGUCUGACACAUACUCUACUGGAAAACAUGGGUGAAAACUCAUGAAUCACACACUACUAGUACACCUUUCUGAUUUGCACAUCAGCUGGUGUUUAAGGAGGGAUGGUAUUGGAAGAUAGAGCCAGAGGUCAGAGGAGAGAGCGAAUAAGAAUUAACCUUGAUGCUAAAAGCUGAAAAAAGCAAAGCAUUGAAUGUACUUGAUUGUAACAUAUAUAUUUUUUUUUCAACUGGAAUGAAUUAUAUUACACCUGCACAAUUUUGUCUUUCAGCUGACUUACAUUUGGUAGUAUUUGUGUUAUUGUAAUAUAUUUUACAUGGAACGGAUUUACACCUUGAUUCACGUAAAUUCAAUGCAUCUCUUCAGUGUCAUGUAGCAGUCCUUUAUGUAUAACUGCCUGUCUGCAUUGGUCUCUAUGUAAAGGCAUUCAGCUCUAUUCCUUGGUACUGCCUCCACUUCCAAUGGAGUUACAACUUUAGAUUCUCUGAUGGGAUAAGAACUCCAGAAUGUGCGUACAGCUAUUGUCAAAUUAGAUCAGUGUUAUUAAUUGUGGUUUCAACUAUAACAUCGUAAUCACAUCAUUUACUUUCCAUUCUAUUGUUGUAACUCUGAUCCCCCAAACCCAGCUGAGAUUACACCUCUACUCUGAACUAUAGCUCUUCAGCCACAUGGAUAAACACAUAGAUAAACACUGCCACAUUUAAAUCCACCCACACUGCUUAGAGCAGUAUUACUCCUUCUUAUGAAACCAUUUUCAUUGUUUUUUUUGUUUUUUUUUGCUGUUGUUUAGUUUGAAUAUGCCAAAGUAUUUGGAUUUUGAAAUCUCAUUUGAGAUCAUUAAGAUCAUUCAGCUACAGCAGUACACUAAGAACCAUUUCUGAUUUUGAUUCCAAAGCAUUUCUGUUUUUAUCUCUUUUCCUUAAUUGUCAUAGCCUAAUUGUUUAUUUUUUGUCAUGUUCUGUCAUUAUUAUUAUUAUUUUGUGUCAUUUUCAGUCUCUGUCAGUUGUUUUUAUCUGGAUGAUAACUCUGGGAUUUCCUUUGUAAGGCAGAGGUAGGAUAUAUAAAGGUAUAUAUAUAUAUUUAAGAACCAAGUUUUGUUGUCUAGAGUAGUUUUCUACCAGAAACUUUCUCUGGUGUGAGUACAGUUCUAGCUCUUUACAUUGCCUUAAUUAUAACACAUGACAGCCUGUGCUUAAGCAUUCUAAUGAUCAGUGUCAUUAUCACUAUUGAACAAUUAUUUUGUUUUGUUUUGUUUUGUUUUUUCCUUGAUAUUUUUAAAGAUAAAAGAUCUUUAUGAAAAUCCAAAAAAGCUUUGAAAGUGUUGACUGGUGACAUUCGUCUGCAUUUCUUUUAUUCACAAACCCUGAAAUCACACAUCUACAAACUAAAUACUCACAUACAUAUGAUCAGUUGUAGAUAGUUAAGUUAUUUUAGUAAAUUGAAAGCCCUAAAACUGAUGAAAGUUGAGAAAAAUGUCUAUUUUUAUUUCUAGUGGUCAGCUCAAAUAAGCUGUUGGUUACGUAAACAUAUUUUUUAUUGAAAAGCAACAAAAAGGAGUAAUGUAGUGCUAUUUUUGGUCUUUACAUGUGAUUGUGGAACAGAUGCAUAUAAAGCAAUAGUGGCAUUAUAAAUGUGUGCUUGAUCUAAAGAUAUGUAUUUGCAGUCAGAUAAAUAAUUUCAUAUUAAUAGUCGUGUAUUAAUACUCUGAUAUUAUAUAGAUGUAUUAUAGAUGUUAAUGUGGGUGCAAUAACUAACUUUAUUUGACUGACCAGGCCAGGCCUCAUCUUCACCUUCUAUCUCAUACAUACUGUGAUCAUACACAUGCUGUAUUCAUGUUAAUUCUCAGAUUAAUAUCUAGAAAAUAUACAGGUGUAGAUGUAAAUAUGGGUGCAAUAUCUGACUUUAACUGAGCAAGCUCAGCUGCUGAUUUACCUUCUAUAUCAUGCAUACUGCAUCAGACACGUGCUCUAUAGCUCUAUACUGCCAGUGUUCAAUAAAAACUCACUUUUGUCAUAGCUGACUCCUUUAAGAUGGUCCAUAUUUGCAACUAUUAUCCACCAAAGAGUAGACAAAAACAAAGAGUAGACUGAAAAAAGUGAUGUAUUAAAUUUACUUGGUCCACAUUUAUAUAUAAUUGUCUCAUAAAAUUGUGUUGAUGUAUGAAAUGUUGUUUACGUUAAAAUGAUGGAUACAUUGGAAUCAGUUCAAUUCAGUGCAGCACUUUUUUCACUGUAGAACAACCUCAAAGCUACUUUUGUUAUCUACAGGUUUUGAAACAGCUGUGUGGACCUCCUGCACAUAAUGCAGAGGAUUUUAUUGACUGGCCAAAAUACUACAUAGUAUAGAUCAUAUUUUACUACUGGAGCCCUCAGUUCAUGUACUACAGGUGUGAAAGAAAUUAACACGAGUUACAGUUUUCACAUAGUCAUUUUCUGAUAUUCAGCACUCCAUAUGACAAAAUCAAUGGAGAUAGAAGGGAUCAGAGGCUGCUGUGUGGCUUUUUGUGGUCACAGGGUCUUUGUGUUUGAUGACACAUGAUUUGUCAAUGUGCCUAUGUAUUGAUGUCACACUAUAUUGAUGAAAACAUGACACUGCGUGCCAAUUGUUGCUGUAUUUGUUUUCCACUCACAAUGGAUAAAUGUAGUGAACAUAUAUAGGUGCUAUAAAAAGCAACAGAAUGUAUAGAUUCCAUUAAUAUUCAUUCAUUUCAGAACACUUAGUAGUGGAUUUGGACAUGAGCUUCAUCCGGAUCAAAUCAGGAUGAAAGAGAAACCUUUCCUUAAUACAUAUACUGACUUUUAGAUUAUAUUCCCAUUCAAAUCAGUAGGAAUCCCACCACUACUGUUAUGAACUAUUACAUGAGUGAACUAAAGUGUUAUAAAUACAGGUUAAACAUGUACUUUUCAGUGGAGAAGAACUGGUUGCAUUUCGAAAAUGUUUGAUCAAAAAAAGUGCAAAACAGGUUUUUGCUUUAGUUUAACCCAACUAACAAUUUUCUUAUGAAUUAUUUCAUUUUUAUGUGUUAUUAUGAACAGGAGACUCUAAAUUACAGUGAUGGGCUUUAUCUGUGUGUAGAAAACUAGAAUACCAGCUCAAAUUUAGUGUACAGAAUGUAGGAGCCCUACACUAAUGCUGCAAUUCCAUUCAACACAAACUGCCCAUGUAGGUCUAUUCUGUAGAGUCAUGCACACUUUCGAGAGGACACUUUGAACACCAUGCUAAAUAUUGGCACAAUCCACAAGACCAUGAUGUUUUCAUUGUAUAUGACUGUACCCACCAUCAGCAACAGGUGAUUGAUGUUAGUGAUAUUCUGAAUGUCUACCACAUUAAAUGUAUGGAAGUCUCUUAUGUUUAUGUUAUGUAGGCUUUUGUAUAUGGCAGUAUUACUCAAGUUCAUAUAAUAAUCCCACAAACAUUAUACCUGGGUGACCUGUUUCUACUGAAGUUAUUUUUUCUGGUUUCUUAUGGGUUUUGUACUCUUCUCAACUGUAUAUAAUGAGAGAUGAAUAAACCUAUAUAAUGAAGCAA